AUGAAUUAUCCGAACGUCACAAAAUAUGUGCUAAGGUUGCGUUUGUUUUCUUUUUCCCUAGAAGAGCGAGCUAAUGAGUGGUACCAUUUGAUUCCCUCUAAAAAAAUCACCACCUGCGAUGGCCUUGUAGAGGCGUUUGUUAAGAAGUUCUACCCACACCACAAGACUGCUGCUGUUAGGCAAUCUAUCCAAAACUUUAAGCAGAAAAUAUGUGAGAGCAUACACGAUUAUGCAGAAAGGUUUAAUGAGUUGUUAUACCAAUUCCCACAUCAUGGCUUUGAGAAAGGCCACAUGGCCCAAAUUUUAUAUGAGGGCCUAGAUAGUGAAACCAGAAUGCAGGUAGAAACAAUUAGUGGUGAAGAAUUUACCCAUCAAGAUCCAGAUGUGUGUUUUGACAAAUUAAUCGAGCUAGCUGAAAAGACUUGUCAAUGGGCUUCAAUGAGGGAGCCCGAAAUAACUAGGAACCCUAUCCAUAGUAUCAAUAAAGUGGAUAAUGGGUCUGAUAUCCUUAGGCGUAUAGAAGACUUAGAGAUGAACCAAGGGUCCAACCAGACUACGAGCUGUAACAGUGAGCCCAGAACCUAUCCAUGUACCAUUUUUGGUGAUCAAAGUCAUAUUGGACCUCACUGUCCUUUGUUUUACCCUAAUGAAACUACCCGUGACCAGGUUAGUGUCCUACAUGGUGGUAUGAACUCUAAAUAUGAGGGUCGACCCAAAUUGGACCCAUACUCUAAUACCUAUAACCCUGGUUGGAGACAUAACCCUAAUUUCUCGUGGUCUAAAGGUAACCAUCAAGGUGGCCCAUAUAGUAACCCACCAACAGGUUUUUCUAGGAACCAAGCUCAAGUCCAUGAAUCGAGCCAAGUUGAUAAAAAGGUGUCAUCUCUAGAGGAAAGAAUAAGACUCUUAAUUGAGGAUGAUGCCCUAAACAAUUCCCAGACUACCCAAAAUAUCAACCAUUUAAGUCAGAAGCUCGAUAACUUUAUCCUGACGAGUCAGCGCAGCCAACAAAACAGUGACCGGGUUAUUGCCAAUUUAGAGAUUCAAAUAAGCCAACUUUCGAACCGGUUAAAUGAUAGGGGGAACGAGACAUUUUCUAGUCAAACGACUCCAAAUCCGAAAGGAUUUAACCAGGUUAAUAGAUCGGGUAGUUCAAUCCACAAUGAACAUAUCAAAGCAGUUAUCACUCUUAGGAGUAAAACUCUAGAGAACUCGAUAGAACCACCUAAGGAUAGUAGUCCAGCUGAAAAAGAGACUGAGGUUGACCAAACUUCGUCUAAAGAUCCUAAUGGGCCUGAGAGUGCUGAGAUUCCAAGUAAACAAACGAUAUACAAUGCUCUAUUAGAGCUUGGGGCUAGUGUGAAUCUUUUACCGUUCUCGGUAUACGAACAACUUGGACUAGGUGAGAUGAAACCAACUAGGAUAACACUACAGUUUGCCGAUAGGUCAGUCAAAAUCCCAUGUGGAAUUAUUGAAGACGUUUUGGUUCAGGCGUACUUGGCCCACUUUGGAGCCUACUAUGAUGAGGAUAGUCAUUCUGAAGAAGUUAAUGCGUCGUUAGACUCUGCACCAGUAGUGAAUUAUGGGAAAUGGCAGCGUAAACCAGAACGUCUUCCGCCAACCAUAGAUAAACCCCUCCCAUCAUCAGUUAAGGCACCCACCCUUGAAUUAAAGACGCUACCAGUUACACUGAAAUAUGUAUUUCUUGGUAGUGAAAGUACUCUUCCUGCCAUAAUUUCCUCUUACUUAGAGCCCGAUCAGGAAUGUAUACUAGUUAGUGUUCUCUGUGAGCAUAAGACUGCAAUAGGGUGGACUAUAGAAGAUUUCAAAGUAAUUAGUCCUUCUGAUUGUAUGCACCACAUCUACCUAGAAUAA